CGGUGCACGCCCUCGCCGCCUCUCCCGCCGCAGCCCACGCCUACACCUGCUCCUUCGCCAGGCGCGACGGGCUUAUCUCUUCCUUACACGCCGCGCCCGCAGUUCUGGCCUGUCUCUCGCGCCCUCCCGAGUCGAAGCGCACGUCGCGGGGCUGCAACACCUUCGUAAGGAGUGACUUUUGUUUGACAGUGUUGGCACCCUCCUCUGUGUCGAGGCGGCACUAGCUACCUGUGUGGCCGUCGCUCGCGUCCAGGCACACCGACCCCUCCUACAGGUCUAAACACCAGUCUUGGGAGAGACUGAUCUUCGCUACUCGUGUCUAAAGGAUACAUUUAUAGUGUCUUGCAGACGCCGUGCUGUCUGAGAGGAGCGAGAUCGUAAAAUUCUCUGGAUGCUGUCAAGAACUCCGGCGUUGUUAGCGGCUGCGGCUGGACCUGAAGGAUACCUGUCCCGCUGGGUCUCGUGGUCCGGGAUGAGCGCCACCACGCCCCCAGGGACGCCGUCCAAGGGCACUGCGGCCGAGGGUAUGCCGUCGCUGUCGCCGCAGCCGCCGAGGGCCUUCAAGCCGCGCUCGAGGACGUCCUCGAAGGCGUCCAACGUGUCCGAACGCACCAAGGUCACGUACCCGCUCGUACCGAAGCUGCCCGUGCCCCCUCUCGGCCACACUCUCUCGUGGUACCUGACCCACCUGAAGACGGUACUUCGGGAGGAGGAGUACCAGGAGGCGGUCGCUGUCGUGGAGGAAUUCGGGAAACCUGGAGGCGUCGGCGAGAAGGUGCAGGAGGAGCUCAUCAAAAGGCACGACGCGAUGGACAACUGGGUGUACGAAUGGUGGCUGGACGACAUGUACCUGAACGUGUCCUUGCCUCUGCCAGUCAACAGCAACCCUGGGAUGGUUUUCCCUCAUCAGAAAUUCGCCUCAGAUGCUGACAUGAUCAACUUCGCUGCCCGUCUCGUCAUCGCUUCAAUCGACAUGAAAGAGAGGAUUGAAUUAGGUGACCUGGACGUCGACCGCUGCAGCGCCAGGGAGAAGCAUCAACCGAUGUGUAUGGCGCAGUACAAUCGUGUGUUCUCGUCUUACCGACGGCCGGCGAUCCCAAAGGACAAGUUACUCUCGGUAACAGAGUUUCAGAAAGAAAAUCAGCACAUCAUCGUUUACUACAAGAAUCACAUCUACCGAGUGGAGGUGGUGGUGGAGGGCGUGAAGAUGACGCUGCAGCAGGUGGUGUCCCAGAUGCGCGAGAUCCUUCGGGAGGUGGACGAGUACGAGGGCUCCGACCCCCCUCCCGUCGGAGUCAUGACGGCGGAGAACAGGCGCACGUGGGCGCAGAGCAGACAGCUUCUGUGCGGAGACCAAGAGAACCAGAAAGUGCUUCGAACCAUCGAAACCAGCGUCCUCCUGGUCUGUUUCGACGACCCGCUGCCCUCGCGUUUCAACCUGACCACGCGCACCAGCCACCGAGCCAGCCUCUCCAAGCGGUCCAGCAGCUUUAACAUGAACGCCCAGAACUCGGAAGUAACCAUGCGGGACGAGGUCAACGCAGGUCACCAGAUGAUUCACGGAGGCGGUUACAACCACAACACAGCCAACAGGUGGUUCGACAAGACCAUCCAGUUCGUGGUGACCCGCGACGGGUGGUGCGGCCUGUGCUACGAGCACUCGUGCGCCGAGGGCAUCGUGGUGAUCCAGCUGGUGGAGCAGGUGCUGCAGGAGGCCGACGAGGAGAGGGCGCCCGGCGAGGCCACGUCCGAGCGCCACGACAGCCUGACGGUUCCCGAGGGACAGGGCUUGCCCGCGCCCGAGGAGGCCGCGCCCACGCCCUCGCGCCUCGAGUGGAGGGUCACGCCCGUCAUUUACAGGAGGAUACAGGAGGCGGCCGACCAUGUGGACAAGCUGGUAGAGGAUCUGGACUUCCGCAUCCUCCGAUACCUCGGCUUCGGCAGGAACUUCAUGAAGAAAGUCAAGUGCUCUCCCGACGCCUUCCUGCAACUGGCGCUUCAGUUGGCGUUCUUCAGUGGCAAAAGUGGGCAUUAUAAUUACAUGUUAUAUGAAUGGACCGCACAAUUCAACAUCGCCGACCGCCUGGCCAAGUUCGACACCGCUAUCGCGCUCCAGACGGACAUUAUGGUCAACAACAUCCUGGGCCGAGGCAUCGAUAUCCACCUGCUGGGCCUGAGAGAGAUGGCCAAGGAAAUGGGACUAUCCACACCCGAAAUUUUCAGCCACAGGUCAUACCAAGUGUCCAACCACUUCCGGCUCUCGACCAGCCAGGUUCCCACGCUCUCUGACUCCUGGAUGGGAUACGGUCCAGUGGUUCCCGACGGAUACGGAGCUUCCUACAACCCUCACCCGGACUACAUUGUAUUCUGUCUCUCAGCUUUCAAAUCCUGCGAAGAGACAUCGACUCUGGAGUUCGGCCGCGGCCUCGAGAGGGCGCUCGACGAGAUGAAGUCGCUUUUGGAAACCAGGCUUAAAUAGGCCGAUUUUCGUUUUUUUUAAAAGUCUGCGAUGAAAUACGCGGAUACGUUUUCUCUGAGAUAAGGGAUGGUUGUUGAUACAUGAAUCCUGUUCACUAGACGAACGCUUGUUAAGGCAAACUAGUCCAGGCAAGUUAGCCAUGUGCCACUAUAUUCUGUCGUGAUCUUGUUACCAAAGAUAUCCAAGAUAUCUAUAAAAAAUAUUAAAUUUUUACGGAAAAUUGACGAUGAUUACGAAACAAACAAGAGUCAUAUUGUUAGUAAAUGAUCAUUGUCGAGUUUAUACGAAUGGAUCUCAUAUAGAAAUGCACAUAUCUUUUAGCUUUAGGGUUGUUGAUAAUCAUAGAAUAUAUGUCCUUGAUAUAGAUGGUGUAUCCAGAGUAUGCUGUCCCUGAAGUAUUUCGGUUUUCGUCUGACCGCGUCACUGUAGGGACUGUCUCUGACCGAGCAAAUGCUGACUAGUCAUAGGAGAGGAGUGAAUCUUCGUCAUAUUUUUUUUUUUGUAUUCUUUUGAUUCCCUCUUUAAAAAAAAUGCAAUAAUGAUAAUUAAAAAAAAACGGGGAGGAAGAAGAAAACAAAGUGACACUGUAAUACAAGAUAUGUUAGGUUAGUUAUCUAAAUGUUCACCAUGUUUUGCAUAGUCAUGAUUUAUGUCUCAUCCUAAACAUUUUAUUGCAGACUUUGGUAAAUUUCACCAACAACGUAAAGUUCAAAGAAAUUAGACUUUCCGUUUUUUGAUUCAUUAUAUCUGGCAUGGAGUACACCC